UGUUUUGACAGUCGCCAUAUUUAGACCAAGAGUCGACCGUGUAAUGAAAAAUUGCUUCAGUAUGUCAAUAUGAGGCAAGGACACGGGCCUGGAUUUGUGGAAAUUGUAUACUAUGUGCCAUUUCUUGUAGAAAAUGUCGGUUAAAAUGGACGGGUUGAUUUCAGCGGUGCAUUUGCAAACAUUUUGUAUUUGACAGUUGGCGCACCUCGUCUCGAUGUUGACACGUCAGAUGAGCUGUACUGUACACAAACCAGAGAUGCUGGCAUUUUGUCAGUAAGCCGAACUGAUACAGGUCAAUUUAGGACAGUCCAAACAAGCAGUUUCAUAUGAUUUCAAUCUAACUGACUCGCAUUGUUUAAACUUUAUAUCUUGACCAGAUCAUUUGGUCUCACCUAAACAACAACAAUGUGGUUAAAACUAGUACUAGUGAUCUUGUAUGUGAUGGUAUUGUUCGUCCUGGCCCGUAUCCUCGAGACCGUGACUUGGGUGGAGUCCGGUAACAUUUCCCGUCGACUCUUGGAUCCGAUGACGAUGUCGGUGCUGAAGUUGAAAGCCUUACUUGAACAGAGGGGCAUCAGUUAUGAGGGUGCAGUGGAAAAAAGGGAUCUGUCCGACCUUGUGGAGUCCACUGGACCUGCCAUGGAGGACACAAGUUCAGAGACAACCCUGGAGGAAAACACCAGCGUGACCAACUUCACAGGGGAAGCCCAUUUCCUCGAGCAGGUGGAAGACUCCAAGGAUGGUGUCUGGCUGGUGGAAGUUCUCACCAAAGGUCGUCAAAUCAGCUCCCUCUCUGAUACAAGCUGGCUAGAAUUUCGAAAAAAGAUGUCAAGAUUUGGAGUCAAUGUCGGAAUGUUUGACUGCCAUCUUGAUAGGAAAUUUUGCUCCAAGAAAAAUUGGCACAAUUCUCACCUCAUUCUCGGUCUUCCACAAGAGUUCAAAACCAAGGCAGUCGUUAAGUUGUACAGUUAUGAAGGUCACUAUCGUCAACAGAGCAUAUUCAAUUGGAUAAAGGAGACAAUGUCCACAAAGGUCUUCCAGAUCCGCUCGUAUGAAGAACUGAAGAGGGAAUGGCUGAAAUUCAAUCAAACUGAUUCUACUGCAGAGAUACGUAUGGUCAUGUUUUCUGAUAUCAAGAACCCACCACUGUUUUUCUCAGCAGUAAGCAUUAAGUUUCCCGGUAGAGUGAAAUUUGGGUUCAUGAACAAUAAAUCACUGAAUAUGAAAGACAUUUUGAAGGAGUUUGACUGGGGAAUACCACCAAAAUAUAUUGUUAUCACUGCAGAGAAACUUUCGGUAUAUGGUAAUAAACCUAUUGAAAAUCCAACUUACAAAUCCAUGGAAGUUUUUCUAAAAACACUCUACCCGAGUUUGAAUGACAUUUUUGUAUUGAGUUUAGGACUGUGUAAUUUUACAAGCCUAUUUGAACCAUUUCUCGUACAAGGAUCAGUGUUAAAAAGACUUUUUAAGUUCAUUUGUUGUGUCUUAAAAAAUAACACUGUUCUUUUGUUAGCUUGGAUAAUAUUGUUAACAGUUUUCCAACUCAAUACAAUAUCAUUUGUUAUAGAAUUUGGGUUGAAAUGUAUCCGCAUUCUGGGACUUUCGGAACUCGGUUCGUACAUGCGACAGGAUUAUUGUUUCUAUACUGCUCAUAAAUAUUUCAGCGGAUUUUCGUUUAUUAUGUACGUUUCCAUUGUGGGGAUUUUGGCUUACAGAUUUAAAGAUCAUGAAGCCGAAGAAUUCAAUCCAAACGAGUGGAAUUUUUCCCAAUUUCGAACUUUGGAACAUUUGUUUUUUCCAACAGCGAGUCUAUUUUUGGCUUCUCAGAGAAGGAGGUUCAUUGAUUAUGAGGAUGCAGCUGAUGAAACAGCUUUAGGCUCAUUCCACUCCUCCAUGAUUUCAACAGAUUACAUCCGAAAUCUUCCCAUUUGGAACCACAGAGUACUCCCCAUUGUCAGCUUUUUGAGGGGAGUUUCUCAAGACAUACUUUUGGAUAGCAAUUUAGAGAGGACAUCAUCCCAAGGCAAUUCAAGCAACAGUCAAAAUAGUGUUGCCUCCCCUGAAGAAAACAGUCAGGAAGCUAAUCAAAAGGGUAAGCAGAGUAAUGGUGCUUGUUGUGGAGAUGGUGCAGAAGAGAUACCUGAAUCAAAGCCUGCUAUGCAGAUGAAUGAAAAAAUGGAGAAGGUUGAAACAAGUGAUGAGAAAUCCAAGCAAAACACUGACAAUGCCAAUGUUGCAAUGUCAGACCCAGCUAUGAACUUCAAUAAAAAGCACAUCUGUGAUGUUGACAUGAAACAGAACGGGAUACUGUGUGGGGCUCCCGAGGGAAUGUUGGUGGAGACCCGAUGUGGCAUCUGUCUUGAUGAGUAUGAGAUGGAUGUGAAGCUGUGUGGACUGCCCUGUGGUCACUGCUUUCAUCAUGUCUGUAUCGUGGCCUGGCUGGUCAAGGAUACUGGUAACGAUAACCACUUCUGUCCGUACUGUCGCUGGCCAUCUUACAAACAAAAGCAGUCGGUUCAUCUUCACCAAGAGUAGUAACAAAAAUUAAUGUACAUUUUCUGUAGUCAAACUUUACAAUAUCACUUUCGGCAAAUUUUCAAAAUGACAUAAUGCCAUGAAAUGCAUAAAAGUUGUAAACAUUAUAAAGGGGUUAUUAAGUCAAAUGACAACCAGAAAAUCAAGUCAAUACUGCAAAUAUAUAUCUUCUAACGAAAGUUUACAUUGUUGAUAAUGACAUGACCUAAAGCCAACGUCCAGUGUGGUCAGUUUCAUCUUUUGGGAAAGCCGGUGAUAAAAAUAGAUGCAACCAAAAUAGUUCAAUAUCCGGGCCUUUCAAUGAGAAGUAAAUAUGUACAGCACUACGCUGUCGACUGACAACACAGUGUCAGUUAUGAGUCUAAGUUCACACCAUAACACAUUCUUGAAUUUGCACAAUACAUCACAAGUAAGAAUUAAAAGUAUCAUAAUAUACCCCUCUAAUCUGAUAUUUCUGUUCACAUUUGGAUUUGAAUAAAAAUGAACAGGUUCAAUUAGCGCACUGAGAGGGUGCCGCAGGGAGAUUUUCAAACCACAGAAAGUACAAUAUAUCAAUAGGUUUAAAAGUAAAAUAGACCACUCAUUUAUAACGAUGUUUGAGAUGAUGUUGGAAGAUGACAUUGAUUCAGAAUAAAUGCAUGUACUUGUAUUCCAUAGAGGUUAGGUGAAUAAAGAGAGAAGUUAAUUACCUUCUCUCCUCGACUGGAAAACAUUUUUGUUAGCUAGAAAUUAAUCGACAGCUGUCGCUAAAACGUACAGCUGUACAGUUAGUGAUUAAAAACGCCCAGAAAACAUUGUCUCUUGUCAAUUUCUCAACAUGAAUUGUUCAUGAGGAAUAUCAAACUAUAUAAUCAUGAAUAGUUUUGUGUUGCUUCACUAAAUUGUCCCUUUAAGUACCCAAUAUUCUGUAUUAGAUGUAUUUAUGAAAGGUUAGGUUAAAAUGUAAAGCCACAAAAUAGUAGGGCAGGUACAAUACAUGUACAUGUAUUUAAAGAUUUCUUGCUUUUCUUUUCUCCAAGAAUCAAUUCUGCAGUUUUUAUCCAAGCAUUUGGUGAUUGUUAUCUCAUCAGUAGUUCUUCUUACCAUUGGUAGUCCUAGUAGUUACCUGGUAAGUACUUAUUACAUAUUAUAACAAUGAUAUCUUAUUAGAGUAUUUGAGUAGUCUCAUAAUGAUAAGUUUAUUCUAAAAUAAUUUUUAGCCCACCAUCACCUGAUGGUGGGCUAUUCAAAUCACCCUGCGUCCGUGGUCCAUCGUCCGUCCGUUGU